GAUUGCGCAAUUCUCAUUAGCAAGUACGCGGCGCAGGCAAUUCCGUCGGAAAUUCAAUUUAAUCUCAAGAUUACGGGCACUCGCUCUUUUGACGAUAACUUAUUAGAUUAGAUAUCUGUGUCUCGAGAAACCUCUGUGGCUUCACCGGUACAUCCACGAUCGCUGGUACGUGCGAUCCUUUGAGAGGCGCAGCCAUUGUGAGGGACGCUGGUUUGCCAACCGGCUAUCAUAUAGCUCAUCAGAUAGGCCACACGUAAGCCCGUAAUUAAUUUUAUCCGCUCCAACCUGAUUAGACGCGCGGAAAAUUUCAAGUGAGUAUACAUUGCGCCGCAAAAACGGAGUAACGUAAUUCUAGAACGUGCACAUUAAUCUCGUUAAUCCCGUACGAAGUAGUCGCGUCGAACAACGAAAUUAACUUCAUAAUAUUAACGUGACGCUCUGCGAUAUAUACACAACAUUUCAUAUAUUCUUAUUUCAACCGGAGGAGCAUUCUAGAACGGAUAUUCUUCUCAUCCCAAUAACCGUUCCCUCGACUAGCCCUCUUCGCGUGGUAACCCCCUUUCUGUCGCUGAUGGGAGGGGAGGGGAGGGAAAAAAAUUCGAAAUAAAUUUCUAAAGACCGUUUCUUUGCCCAAGAAUGGAAAUAAUAGUAUGCCGUGGCGUCGUCGUAAAUAAGUCACGGUCGAGAGCGUUGUUUAAUGUAUGAAGCGGCUCCUCGUCGUCGUGUACCCCGAGAUACCUUUUAAGAGCGAGUCCGGACGGCGCGCGUGCCCCAAUAAAUAUUCCACUCCGAAAAGCCGAUUUUCUUUUUCUCAUUACCAGCCUGGGUAUGUCCCACGACGUGCAGCGGGAGAACGGCUGUCCCGGUAUAGUUUAUCACGGGAACGGAUACGCGGAGACCACCGUUAUGCAUCCCGGCGACAUGUACAUCACGAAAAAAUGGUCCGAGUGCUCCCGGCGCUACCUGCGCUCGUACAUCGAGCAGGGUCUCGCGUUCUGCUUAGAGGACGAGCCGCAGGAUCACCAUUUCUCCGUUGCGGAAAUGCUGCCGGGAGUGAUGUACAACGGUGACGAUCAAUGCCGUUUACGGUAUCGACUAGACGCUCGUCAAUGUGACAUGGGAAUCUGGUGCUACCAAAUGAAGUGCCUGAUGGUGGGAGAACGGCCCGGAAUCACAAACGGCGGCUGGGGUGCCUGGUCGUCCUGGAGCAGGUGUUCGCGGACAUGCGGCUCCGGCGUGGCGUACGCCGUGAGAAAAUGCAACCAGCCGUCCCCGUCCAAAGGCGGCUCUUAUUGCAUGGGCGACAGGAAGCGUCAUAAAAUCUGUGCAACAAACGUUAGUUUCGCGACUGAUCGUAAGCAGCUUUCCAGUGAGCGCAGCGCGAACUUUUGCGCGGGCUCAAGUGAACAUCCGACUUGUGCGACGAUCGCGUCUCUUCCGCGAAAUUGUCUCGCGAACGGUUUUCUCCGUUUAAAGAAUUUCACGCGACGCACGAAAGUGUACGAUACUCGCGCGUUAAAUUACGAAGAAAAAAAAAAGUAUCGCAAAGCUUGUGAAGUUAAGCCCUGUGAAAUCGGCGCACCGUCGUUUCGCGACGUGCAGUGCGCCGAAUUCAACGACUGGGUGUUUCCGGAAGACGGGAAGGUUCAUCGUUGGGUGGCGUAUAAUCUGCCCGAAGACUUGAAGGCGUCCGAAAAUCCCUGCGCGCUUUACUGCAUGAGCGAAACUAAUCUGGUGACCUCGUUGAGACCGAAAGUGGUGGAUGGCACCACGUGCUAUAGAGGCAUUCGGGACAUUUGCGUCGGUGGGAUGUGUACGGAGAUACCUUGCGACCUAGAUAUGGAAUCCGAUGCCGUCGAGGACGUUUGUGGUGUCUGUCGAGGCGACAGCACCUCGUGCACUUUGAAGCAGGGAACAGUGUCAUUUGCGGCCCAACCCCGGCUCAAGAAGAUAACGGACGUGCCGGUCGGUGCCAGAAAUAUUCGCGUCGAGGAGGCAGAACCGACCAAAUCCAGAAUCGUGGUGCGCGCCAAAAAUACGAAAAUCGUGUUGAUUGAUGGUAACCGUCUAGGAAUGUUCGAUGUGCCGGGAUCCAAGGCGUGGCUGGGAAUGAUAAGACCGAGGCAGGAAGCUUUGAAUAUACCGGGACCCGUCACCGAGGACCUGAUUAUAUUGGUUGCAGCAAAGGAGAACGUCACGUUAAAAUACUCAUUAGGAUUGAAGCAACGGACUCCCCGCAAGCCCGCGUUCUCCUGGGAUUUCAUCGACUGGGAGAAAUGCUCGGCAGGUUGCGGCCCGGGAGAGCAGAUAUCGAAACCCCGCUGCAUCGAGAAAAUCGGCGGACUGGUGGACGAUAAAUUUUGCAGGAACACCGUUAAACCAGACGCAAAAGUCAGGCCGUGCAAUCAAGCUCCCUGUAUAGCCCGGUGGAUCAUUGGCGAAUGGCAAGGCUGCACGCCGUGCACGUCAGGCUGCGAGAGAAGGCGCGCUGUCAAAUGUGUACGACCCGUUGGCCGUGGCGAGCAGGAUCUCGACGUGAUCGAGGACAGCUACUGCCAAGGACCGAAGCCAAGGGAGUCGGCGCUUUGCGAAGCCAGCCGACGAAGACGAGAGGACAGAGGUGCCGCCGACGGGAAACGCGAGCUCUCCGCCGCCGCUCGCUCGAGCACGCUAACGCGACAAAACGACUUUAUUAGAUCCGCUCGAGUGGCCGCUAAGACGGCUUUAAACGGCGCCGUCGCGGAGGACCGACAUCCGAGUGAUCUCUCCAUGCGGCCAGGACAGAUUGGGAAUUCGUCCGAUCGCUCUCGUUUGAUCGGCACCGGGCACGUUAAUACGCUUUCACGCGAGACAACGGACUUGAUUUCAGCGGACGCGAUUCGAAGUUCGAUUAAAGCGCGUCGAGAUCGUUCUCAGAUAGAUAAGAGAUCACACACGGGGAAUACAUUGAACGAUAAGAAGAAGAAGAAGAAGAAGAAUAUGAAUAUGAACAAGAUUAAGAAGGGCGAGGUAGUGAUCGAUACGGAGGACAUUCAGAACCUCACGCUCACGAUUAUUCUCGAACGCGACGAGAAGAACGCCGUUAUGAAUUUUCCGAAGGAUUUCGAGCCUCGGCCGCCGGUGAAUAGCACGGAAUUCACGUUAGUAGGCAUAGACGCCCUCAGAUACAUACAAAGAAUUCAGGAAGAGGCGCGUGCAUCCUCCGCGGUCUCGAUUUUUCGCAAACAACGUGCAUGCGAUACGCGAUGAAGUGGAUCGAUGGCGCAAAUGAUCGUAGGAAGGAACACGCGAGAGCGUUCCUAGGUGCGAUGAAAGAGAAAAGAAUUUGUUAUCAUACGUAGAGCAUAUGCGGAUAUAUCGACUGCUCUCGUGCGAAGCGUACGCUCUUACGGAACGGCAUCCGCGAUGUGCGAACGAGUGGAGGGCGCGCGCGUCUGGAAGACGAAUCUGCGUCGAUUCGAGCGAUGGUUGCGCGAUCCAUCAGGGAGACUUUUACGAGUCGUUGAGUAGAACGACGGUGCGCUGCUCUCGAGCACGUAACGCGCGCGGCACGGCGCGUGCGGAUCACCGAUGCUCGAAACGAUAAAAACAAUCGUUACGUUAUACGACCGAAUUAAACUUAUGGCGCGCGCGCGCGCGCGCUUACUCGCUCGCUCGCUUUUAUAUAGGCGUAUCGAAUCUUAACGAUCGGACAGAAGAAAACUCGGGCCAUUCGGUUGAUUGUUGCGAGUCGCGCCGCGCGAGCCGCAAGAUGAAUCGCCCGAUUAAAUCAGCGGCGUCGUUCGAGUCCGGCUAACACGGCCAUAAUUGACGGUAAAGCGGCGAUAGGUCCGCUGGAGCCAGAAGAUAAUCUCUCAAUAUACGACGGGUAUACGCGGCAACCUCACGACAUAAAUAACGCCUGAACGACGCGAGGAGGAUGAUUUCCCGCGACCCACUAACGAGUCUCGCAGUUGAGCAUUGGUCUUUCAAAUUCAUGGCUCGCAAGUUAUUUAUGGCGGGAGCGAUACUUUGUAAUGAUCCAAGAUUACAGACGUUUGCCCUCUCCCUUAAUGGCUCGUGUCCUGGAGGUAUCGUAGGGAAAUGCCUGCCGCGCGACAUUUUCUUGUACCAAUAAAGAUUAAGUGGUAAAAUAGAAAAAAAAAAUAAACGCGCGCGAGUCAUUAAUCUUGAGAGUUUGCACUCGUUCCUUGUGAGUUCCGUAACGCGAACGAGUCUGUUUGUCUGGCUGGCGAGCGUCGCGGACGAGCGUCACAUCGCCGGACGAUAUUUUCUGUUUCGCCACGCGCCGCUUUACCUACAUGUUUUAUUUGACUUGACGGCCUUCAUCCCGUCAGGCUAAUCAAUCACGCGCGACAUGAAUCAGCAAAGAGCGAAUCUCGUAACAGAGUCUGUAAUGCUAGCUUUUCGAUCUGUAUCUAAAUAUUCAUAUAUUUCUGAAACUUAUACUCACGGACGACAAUUAUAUACAAAGAUAAACGCA